CGACUCAGUUGCUGCGCUGCACAGUCCGUACUCGGUAGAAGAAAAUCAUCAAAUGGCGUGAUAUCAUUACAUGCAAAGGAAACGGUGCGUUGUAGUCGUUCGUGAUUCCCUCUAGUCUACACAGAUUUUAGUAAAAUCAUACCAAAUUCUCUCGUCAAUCUCCACCAUCUCCAUCAUCGGUAUAUCUCAACGGUCAUCCUCGCCGAUCACUAAAAAUGGUGCUGGUAUCUGCUGCACGUGAUUACAUAAACCGAUUGUUGCAGGACAUCUCCGGCAUGAAGGUUCUCAUUCUCGAUUCCCAAACGGUUAGCAUUGUAAGUGUUGUGUAUUCACAAACAGAGUUACUUCAAAAGGAAGUGUUUUUGGUAGAGUUGGUAGAUUCUAUAUGGAAGUCGAAAGAACCAAUGUCACAUCUUAAAGCAGUCUACUUCCUUCGCCCAACGUCGGAGAAUAUUCAGCAUUUGCGGCGUCAGCUGGCUAAUCCUAGAUUCGGAGAGAGUCAUUUAUUUUUCUCCAACAUUUUGAAUGAUACUCAGAUUCAUAUCCUAGCUGAUUCGGAUGAACAAGAAGUUGUGCAGCAAGUGCAGGAGUAUUAUGGAGACUUUGUUGCUAUUGAUCCUUAUCACUUCACUUUGAACAUCCCUUCAAAUCACAUGUAUAUGCUCCCAGCCGUUGUAGAUCCUCCAGGUUUGCAGCACUUCUGUGAUAGGGUUGUUGAUGGUAUAGCAGCAGUCUUUUUGGCAUUGAAACGGAGACCUGUUAUUCGAUAUCAAAGGACCUCUGAUAUUGCAAAAAGGGUAGCACAGGAAACAUCAAAGCUGAUGUACCAGCAGGAAAGUGGCCUUUUCGAUUUCAGACGUACAGAAAUUUCUCCUCUGUUGCUUGUAAUUGAUCGAAGGGAUGACCCCGUUACACCAUUACUAAACCAAUGGACAUAUCAGGCUAUGGUUCAUGAAUUGAUAGGUAUUCAUGAUAACAAGGUGGACUUGAGUAGCAUCAGCAAAUUACCAAAAGAUCAGCAGGAGGUUGUAUUGUCAUCAGAGCAAGAUGCCUUCUUCAGAGCUAAUAUGUACGAGAACUUUGGAGAUAUUGGAAUGAACAUCAAGAAGAUGGUGGAUGAUUUUCAGCAAGUUGCAAAAAGUAACCAAAAUAUCCAAACAAUAGAAGACAUGGCGAAGUUUGUUGACAAUUACCCUGAGUACAGAAAAAUGCAUGGCAAUGUUUCAAAGCAUGUGACAUUGGUCACAGAAAUGAGCAAGAUAGUUGAAGAGCGAAGGCUCAUGUUAGUUUCAGAAAUGGAACAGGAUUUGGCUUGCAAUAGUGGGCAAGUGGCUGCAUUUGAGGCAGUGACAAAUCUUCUAAACAAUGAAAAUGUUUCUGAUAUUGACUGUCUACGCUUGGUGAUGUUAUAUGCAUUGCACUAUGAGAAGGAGAGCCCUGUUCAGUUGAUGCAGCUUUUUAACAAACUGGCUUCUCGAUCUCCCAAGUACAAGCCUGGGCUAGUCCAAUUCCUCCUGAAGCAAGCAGGUGUGGAUAAGCGAACCGGUGAUCUUUAUGGGAACCGAGAUCUUCUAAAUAUUGCUCGUAACAUGGCUCGUGGUCUGAAGGGGGUUGAAAAUGUAUACAUCCAACAUCAGCCUCUUCUGUUCCAAACUAUGGAAAGCAUAAUCAAGGGGAGAUUGAGAGAUGUGGACUAUCCAUUUGUUGGUAAUCACUUUCAACAGGGGAGGCCGCAAGAUGUGGUUAUUUUCAUUGUUGGUGGAACAACAUACGAGGAGUCACGCUCUGUUGCUCUUCAAAAUGCCAGCAUUUCUGGAAUUCGUUUUAUACUUGGUGGUUCCGCAGUUCUCAAUUCUAAGAGGUUCCUGAAGGACCUGGAAGAAGCUCAGAGAAUAGCAAAAUCCAGCACCAAUGUCGUUUGAAGUGAAAUAACUAUCUGUAGCUGUUUGAGAGCCAUGUAAAUAAUUGGAUGCGGCUUUACAAGGUGAUUAUGUUUUGAUGACUCAAAGUCGAGAAUUUGUCUGUAGAUUGCAGCAGCUGCCGUCAUAUGCCAGAUAUCACUGCAUCGGGCGUUAAAUGAAUUGAAAUAUUUCAUUCCCUGGCAUGAGAGUGGAAAAGUGAAGAAUUCCAAAAGCCCUUAGCCCUGUUAAAGUCAUGUUAAAGGAUGUUCUCACCUCACCUUUCCCGAACUCUCAACAGAAAACUCAACUGACAGCUUCAUCACAAUUUUUUUGUUUUGUUCAUUGAGCCAGUCAGCCAGAUAUCUUUGAGUGCUUGGAUCGAUCACAUUUCAUAUACGAUAAGAGGAACCUGGUGUUUUUCUA